AGUCAGCUAAUAAACUUGCUCACCUCACUCUCUCCUGGUAGUUCCAUGCUUUCUUUCUAAAUUUCCAAUCCCAAACCAAACAUACAAGCUCUAUAUAGUAUAAUAUUAAACGCUAAAUCCACCACACAUCUCUAUACUCUAUCCUCAUAAUCAAAGCUCUCUCUCUCUCUCUCUCUCUAUAUAUAUAUAUAUAUAUAUAUUAAUGUACUAAUAAUCUCUUAGUGAACCCUCCGCUUCCAUUUCCACAACCAAAAAGAAUCAAUCUCUGUGAAUUACAAAUCAGCGAAGCGAUGGCCUUACAGAGGCAAAUACUUAAGAAAUCACUUGGAGAAGCAAAAGCAAAGUUAUGUAAUUACCAGAAUACCCUUCCUCUCUUCUUCUCUACAGCUCCUUCUUCUUCUUCAGCCGAUGCCGAUGAUCGUUUGCCACAAUUGCCACCAUUCGAUCACGCGCCGAGGCCGUACAAUGGCCCACGCGCCGACCAAGUCUUCGAGAAGAGAAAGAAAUUUCUCGGUCCUUCUCUCUUCCACUACUAUCAGAAACCUCUUAAUAUUGUUGAAGGGAAGAUGCAAUAUUUGUUUGAUGAAAAUGGGAGGCGUUAUCUUGAUGCUUUUGCUGGGAUAGUUACUGUAUCUUGUGGGCAUUGCCAUCCUGAAAUUUUAAAUGCUAUCACGGAGCAGAGCAAGCUUCUGCAGCAUGCUACAACCAUAUACCUACACCAUGCAAUAGCUGAUUUUGCUGAGGCAUUAGCUUCAAAAAUGCCUGGAAACCUUAAGGUUGUAUAUUUUGUAAAUUCGGGGUCAGAAGCAAAUGAAUUAGCAAUGAUGAUGGCUCGUCUAUACACGGGUAAUCUUGGUAUGAUUUCAUUGAGGAAUGCAUAUCAUGGGGGAAGCUCUGGUACCCUUGGACUGACUGCUCUGAACACGUGGAAGUACCCAAUACCACAGGGUGAAAUUCAUCAUGUUGUAAAUCCAGAUCCAUACCGUGGAGUUUUUGGUUCCGAUGCCAAUCGUUAUGCCAAAGAUUUGCAAGAUCACAUUGAUUUUGGUACUUCAGGAAAAGUUGCAGGAUUUAUAGCUGAAACAAUUCAGGGAGCUGGAGGAGCAGUUGAAUUGGCGCCUGGAUACUUGAAACUGGUUUAUGACAUUGUACGCAAGGCUGGUGGAGUCUGCAUUGCAGAUGAAGUGCAAACUGGCUUUGGUCGAACAGGAAGCAAUUACUGGGGCUUUGAAACACAGGGCGUCAUUCCUGAUAUAGUUACCAUGGCAAAGGGUAUUGGCAAUGGUUUACCAUUGGGAGCAGUUGUGACAACCCCAGAGAUUGCGAGUGUAUUGGCCCAGAAAAUUCAAUUUAAUACUUUUGGAGGAAACCCUGUAUGUUCGGCUGGGGGGCUGGCAGUGCUGAGAGUUAUUGACCAGGAGAAGCGUCAAGCUCAUUGCACUGAUGUUGGUUCUCACUUGCUCAAGCGUUUGAGAGCUCUUCAGCAAACACAUGAAAUCAUUGGAGAUGUGAGGGGCAGAGGCUUAAUGGUUGGUAUAGAACUUGUAACUGACAGGAACGAGAAGACACCUGCCAAGGCUGAAACUGCGGUUCUAUUUGAGAAACUUAGAGAGCUUGGUAUUCUUGUUGGGAAAGGGGGACUGCAUGGAAAUGUUUUUAGAAUAAAACCACCAAUGUGUUUUAACAGGGACGAUGCAGAUUUUCUGGUUGAUGCCUUGGACUAUGCAAUAUCAAAGUUGUGAGGACACAUCCAUGACAUGAGAUGCUUAUGUACUCUACAAAAACUUAUUUUCAAUAAAAUCAAGUGAAUUUUUAGAUAUUUGAGCCCAUGCUUAGGAAAAAGUAGCUUGUUUUAUGUUGGAUCUAGAUGUUGUCUUACAAAGUCUGCACCUUCAACCCUUCAGGCCUUGACCCCUUAGAAUUGCCGUAUUACCCUAGGGAACUUGAAUUGCUAGAAAACAUGCAUAUGGAGUAUAGGUAAAGGGAGGCUGGGCUUACCAUUGAAGGAACAAUGGUGCUGCUGGAGAAUGGUGUCUAGAGAGAGCAACCAUUUAGAAGGAACUUCUCCAUGAAAAUUAUCAGGAUGCCACUCUUUCUAGCGUGUGUGUAAGCCAUUCUUGUGGCAGGUCAUUAUUUUAUUACAAAAAAAGAAAGAAAGAAAGAUGCAGAAUGGAUUUACUGGGCAA